UCACAAAUCUUUGGCUCAGUAUCGAUUCUGCCCACCAAAAGUGAUAAACGAAAAAAAAUGUUCCGCUUAGCGCUAUUCGCCGCGGUAGCGAUAGCCUUCACGAUUCCGGCCACUUCUGCGCAGCUGGAGAACUUCUGCCAUGGCGUCAUCGCGGGUAUUUUUCCACAUCCGGACCCGCGACUGUGCUUCAUGUACGUUUCGUGUGCCUUCGAGCAGGUGUUUCUGUACCAGUGUAACCAGGGAUUUGUGUUCAACGAAACUAUAUCGGAGUGCGUUCCCGGAGACUGGGAGGACUGCGAUCGGGAGAUCGACCCGGAGUUGGAUCUGAUUUGUGCCGAUGUGUCUUAUGGCGUGUUUGAGUACGAGGCGGACUGCGGGCGGUUCAUCUUCUGUCAACGAGGAAGAGCAACGCUGAUUGAAUGUUUGGAGAACGAGAUUUGGUUUCAAGAGAAGGGGUCCUGUGUGUUUGGAGACCGAGAGACUUGUCAACCGGGCGACGUGUUCUGCAUGGGACGGCCAGACGGAGCGAUUCCGCAUCCAGAAGGAUGUGGGAAGUUUGUUGAGUGUGUUGGUGAGCGCAGCAAUGUUGUGCACUGCGACAGAGGAAUGAUCUUUGAAGAAGGUGGUGUGGGUUGCGUGAUCGGAAGUUCGCAGACUUGUCAAUCUUCGGAGAGUAUUUGCAGUACACAACCUGAUAGUACUCAUCCACAUCCGGAGUUGUGCGACCUGUUCAUGAAAUGUGACGGCAACGAGGCAGUGUUGAUGACUUGUGGACCAAAUGAAAUAUUCCGGCCAGAUAUUCAGUUCUGUGUGCCCGGUAAUCGGGAAACAUGUGUUCCCAGUAGACCUGAAGAAGCUUGCAUUGGCAGACCUGAUGGCAUCGUGCCACAUCCAGAUCGGUGUAAUCAAUACGUUGUUUGUAGCGGAGGUAGCUCAUUGGUGCAAGAUUGUCCCACAGGGCUGAUUCUUCGACCAGAAGUUCCUAUUUGCGUAGCAGGUAACUCGGAUACGUGUGAGUUUAUGGAUGGUGUUUGCGCAGGACGUCCAGAUAGCUACGUAAUAGAACAUCCCAACUAUUGUGGAUGGUUCAUUUGGUGCCAAAAUGGACAAACUAACGUCUUCCAAUGUCCAACAAACGAAAUUCUUCGACCCGAUAUGCAGUUUUGUGUCCCUGGUGAAGACGACACAUGUGAAGCCUUUGAAAUUGAUAGGAUGUGUGAAGGACGCCAUGGGGUCAUAUAUCCCCAUCCGGAUCGGUGCGAUCAGUUUAUACGAUGUGAGGAAGGUAAUCUGAAUAUUAUCUCCUGCCCUGCUUACACCAUCAUAGAACGAGGAACCAUUCAGUGUGUUCCGGGAAACACAGAGUCCUGUGAACUUUAUGUAGAUCUGUGUAGAGGACGACCAGACGGUAUAAUUCCACAUCCAUCCAGGUGUCACCUGUUUAUUGAGUGUCGAUCUGGACAAGUCACUCUUGACUCUUGUCCUGAUGGGCUUAUCUUCGAUUCUUCACAAUCGCAAUGUGUUCCCGGGAAUACGGAGACGUGUGACCACUUGGUCGAGUAUUGCAUUGACCGUCCUGAUGGAGUGAUUCCCCAUCCCAAUAGGUGUGAUUUAUUCAUGAUUUGCACUAAUGGAGUUACGUCGGUGCACCAAUGUCCAUGGGGAGAAAUUCUUCGUCCCGACAUGCAAUUCUGCGUUCCUGGCAAUAGUGAUACCUGUCAGUUUACCCCAAUUGAGGGAAUGUGCAACAGCCGUGAAGGAACCGUAAUCUAUCCACAUCCUUACGAUUGCGCACAGUUUGUGCGAUGCCAGCAAGGUGAACUCAGCAUCGAGCAGUGUCGUGAAGGAACUGUAAUACAGCCAGGAACGAUCCAAUGUGUGGCCGGCAACAGGGAUACUUGUGAGUUGUACUUGGAUAGAUGCAUAGGCGUUGGACAAGAAAUCAUUCCACACCCUUCGGAAUGUCACCUCUUCAUGCGAUGUGAUUCUGGUCAGACAUCUGUUGAUUCUUGUUCUCGUGGCAUGGUGUUCAUAAAUGGAGUAUGUGUCAUCGGAGAUCGAGACGCGUGCGAAUCCUGGCAGUUGGUAUGCGGAGCUAUGGCUGAUCAAAUAAUAGAACAUCCGAAUUUCUGCGAUCUGUACAUCGAAUGCCGUGAUGGAUUAACCAGCAUGCGAACGUGUGCUUCAGGUCUGAUUUUGCACCCGAACAUGCAAGUUUGCACUCCGGGUAUUCAAGACACUUGCGAGUUCAUUCCAGAAGAGGAUAUGUGUGCGGGCCGUGCUCAGGGACGCUUCCCGGUUCCAGAUCAACAGCAAUGCAAUGACUUCAUGACUUGUUCAAACGGAGUCGGCACCUUGGAUUCCUGCCAGGAUGGAGCUGUUCUGCGUCCACGCUUCAUUGACUGCGUUCCUGGCAAUGAGCAGACUUGUGCAUUCUACCCGCACAUUUGUCUCUUCCGACCGAACGAACACAUUCCUCAUCCAGUGCGGUGCGAUAUGUUUGUAUCGUGCAUUUCGGAAAUGCCUCACGUCGUACCCUGCCAACGAGGCGAAAUAUACAAUCCGGAUAGGGACUUGUGCGUUCCUGGUAGUCCCAAUACCUGUGUGUCAUUCGAAGGGAUCUGCAAUGAUCGAGAAGAUGGACUGAUAGAGCAUAUCGUCUUCUGUGACUUGUACAUCGCCUGUACAGGUGGAGUUGCUACCGUUGAGGCUUGUCCUUGUGGUGAAAUUUUCGUAUCGGGACUGCAGCAGUGUCUACCGGGAGAUGCCGAAACAUGCACUUUGCAUGAAGUGUGAUAUCGCGAGAGUGAACAAAAUAAAAUCCUUAUAAAUACUCUAAUAUUAAGAA